AGGGCCCAGUGUACUUUUGUGGAGGCGUGAGCCCGCAAACUUGCACUGUGAGAUAAGGUAAUGAGAAUCUUUACAUAACAACGAAGCCAGCCGUGUAUUUAAUGCCGCGUUCACCGAUAAUACACAUCAUCUAUGCAGGGAAAAGUUGCACCGUUUUAUUUUCCUCAACUAUUUUGCUGAAUUUAAUUUCAAUUAGCGAGUUUGAAAGAUGGCUUCCAAAAUAUUACGAGCUGCCAUCCUGGGCGCGCCAGGCUCCGGGAAAGGAACUAUUUCUGAGAGAAUAACGAAAUGCUUUGGUCUGAAACACUUGUCGAGUGGUGAUUUCCUGCGAUCCAGUGUAAGAUCGGACCCUGAAAUUGAGCUCCUGGCAAAACGCUAUCUGGAAAGAGGGUAUUUGGUGCCGGAUCAUGUAACAACUCACUUGAUGCUGGAAAAGCUUAAGUCAAUGGGAAAACAGAGCUGGUUACUAGAUGGUUUCCCUCAUACGCUAGCUCAGGCAGAGGCACUUAACGGCAUCUAUCAGCUUGAUCUUGUCAUUCACUUGAAUGUCCCAUUUGAAACAUUGAAGGAGAGACUUCGCGCGAGAUGGGUUCAUCUGUCCAGCGGAAGAGUAUACAAUAUGACAUUCAAUCCUCCACUUUUGCAUGGUAUUGAUGAUAUCACUGGCGAUAUUUUAAUCCAGCGUGACGAUGAUAAACUGGAAGUGGUUGCAUUUAGACUGCGUCAAUACAAAGAUAUUACAAAGCCAGUUAUCGAUUUGUACAGAACCAAGGGAAUUUUGCACACAUUUUCUGGGACAGAAACAGACAAGAUUUGGCCGUACAUUCAUUCACUACUAAGUGCCAGGAUUCCAACACUUAACAUCGAGGCACCAAUCGGACAAAGCUGAGCCAAUUUAUGUGGACGAUAUCCGGGCUCAAAGAAAUUCUAGUGUUUUUUUUCCUUGAACCUAAAGCGUUUUAUUUAAUUUGAUUCAAGAUAACAUUUUUUUUCCUUCUAAAUGUAAGCAUGUGCCAUUAUUGUUAAGGGUUUCUAAUCUCUAGAAACCUCUAAAUACCAUUCUGCCCCAAUGUUAUUGAAACAAAAUGGAGACAGUGAGAUGUUUUCAAAUGUCAUUCCAGGUAGCCUUUGAACUGGUUAGCAUAUCAGGAGUCAUUUAUUUUAUAUAGCUGUGUUCCAGACAAUUUCACAAUAUAAAAUAUCUGGGUUAGCGCAGAAUAACUUCAUUUUGUAUUAUUUAAUUGGGAUUUCUACAAAUACUUUUUUGGGUAUUGCAUAUGCUUGUCUUUUUGUAUUGCAGUGUUCUAAGCAUAGCAGACCAUCAAGGCUAAAGCAUAAUUGUAUAUCUUUUUCUAUCUAGAAACGUAUGCAAGAUACAUUUAAAAUGAAACUAAUGCUGUGCUUCAUCAAGGCGAUGGCUAUGAAAGUAGGGGAGUUUCCCAUUUCUGUACUCCAAGGUCAGUUAGAUAUAGAAUAAAACUCACUGUGACCCAAACAGUGUGAGUUAAUCGCAAGAAUAUUCUGUUCUUCCUUUUAAAUUUUCACUUUUUCCAUUUGACCAUUCUACACACUCUCUGAAUUUACAUACAAGAUGGAACUAUAUCUCUUUCAUUGCUCAUAUUAAAAUUAAUCGGCCCCCAA